AAUAAAACUUAAAGAUGAUAUGAGUUGAUAAAGGGGAGCUUGAAACUGAUGAAAUCACUUCAAACAUUUCCUAUGGGAAAUUUUGCUCGGAAGUCAAACAGUGUCACGUAACACGGGGUUAAAAAAGAAAGAAAAAAAAAAGUCCGAGUUACCACCCCUCCUACUCCUCCUCCCGGGCUCUCUCUGAUUGGCUGCGAGCCAGAUUCCGAGGCAGAGCUCCGUGUGACCAAACACUUCCUCCUCGAGGUCAGGAAGCGGCGCUAGUUGCCUCCCUUUGCUGCGAGUCCCAGUAAGAGAGCAGGAGGUGACAGCCAGGCCAGUAAGACGGCAGCUAACACAUUGUCACCUUCACGCCUAACUCAUGAGAAAGACCAACUUCUCCACCUUCAGAUGGUUAAAAAACCAGAGGAAAGCGGUGGUCACCACAGUGGACAAGAAGAUACCCAAUGGCAUCCUGGAGGAACCAGACCAAACGACGGUGGUCCUGCUGCCCAGAUCCGCGUCGGCCUCCAAGAACUACCCCCCGCUCGCCAUGGAGCAUCUGGAGGACGAGUACCGGCUCCGCUCGGCCGACGACGGCAAGCUCUUCCGAGAGGAGUACAACUCUCUGCCAGGGGGUAACGCCCAGGGGACGUACGAGGAGGCCAACAAGGACAACAACAAGGAGAAGAACAGAUACCCCAACAUCCUUCCAUAUGAUCACUCCAGGGUGGUGCUGACCCAGCUGGACGGAAGCCCCGCAUCCUCCGACUACGUCAACGCCUCCUACAUCGACGGGUUCACACUCGAGAACAAGUUCAUCGCAGCACAAGGUCCGAAAGAGGAAACGGCUGCCGAUUUCUGGAGGAUGAUUUGGGAGCAAAAAGUGGCGACGGUCAUCAUGCUGACCAACUUGAAGGAGAGGAAAGAGGACAAGUGCUACCAGUACUGGCCGGAUCAGGGCUGCUGGACCUACGGGAACGUGCGCGUGGCGGUGGAGGACUUCACCGUGCUGGUGGACUACACCAUACGCAAGUUCUGCAUCCAAUACCAAUCCACCGACGCCGCCAAGACCACGCGGAUGGUGACGCAGCUCCACUUCACCAGCUGGCCCGAUUUCGGCGUGCCCUUCUCGCCCAUCGGCAUGCUCAAGUUCCUCAAGAAAGUCAAGGCGGUCAACCCGCCUAUUUCCGGGCCCAUAGUGGUGCACUGCAGCGCCGGCGUCGGUCGGACGGGAACCUUCAUCGUCAUCGACGCCAUGAUCGACAUGAUGCACGCCGAGCAAAAAGUGGACGUGUUCGGCUUCGUCUCCAAGAUUCGAGAACAGCGCUCGCAGCUCAUCCAGACGGACAUGCAGUACUCCUUCAUCUACCAGGCCCUGCUGGAAUACUACCUCUACGGAGACACGGAGCUGGACGUGUCGUCUCUGGAAGGACACCUGCACAAGCUGCACAACACCUUCAACACCGGGGACCGCGUCGGCCUGGAGGAGGAGUUCAAGAAACUGACAAACAUGCGCAUCAUGAAGGAGAACAUGAGGAUGGGGAACCUGCCUGCCAACAUGAAGAAGAACCGAGUCCUGCAGAUCAUUCCUUACGACUUCAACAGAGUCAUUCUGUCCAUGAGGAGAGGUCAAGAGUUCACAGAUUAUAUCAACGCAUCCUUCAUAGAUGGCUACCGGCAGAAAGACUACUUUAUCGCCACGCAGGGUCCUCUGUCGCACACUGUGGAUGACUUCUGGAGGAUGGUGUGGGAGUGGAAGUGUCACUCCAUUGUGGUGCUCACUGAGCUCCAGGAGAGGGAGCAGGACAAAUGUUACCAGUAUUGGCCCUCGGAGGACUCCCAAACGUACGGCGAUUACAGCGUGGAGAUGAAGGGAGACGCCUUGUGCGACGCCUUCAGUUUACGAGACUUGGUACUCACCUUCGUGCCGGAGAAGCAGACACGGGCGAUCCGGCACUUCCACUUCCACGGCUGGCCCGAGGUGGGCAUCCCGGCCGAGGGGAGGGGCAUGAUCGACAUCAUUGCGGCGGUGCAGCGGCAGCAGCAGCAGUCUGGCAACCAUCCUAUUGUCGUACACUGCAGCGCUGGUGCCGGGCGGACUGGUACGUUCAUUGCACUGAGCAACAUCUUGGAGCGGGUCAAAGCAGAAGGCCUGCUGGACGUGUUCCAAACUGUGAAGAGUUUACGCAUGCAGAGGCCACACAUGGUCCAGACUGUGGAGCAGUACGACUUCUGCUACAGGGUGGUACAAGACUAUGUGGACAUUUUCUCCGACUAUGCCAACUUUAAAUGAGCAUAGGUUUGCCUUAUAAAUGUUGUCUUUUUGUUGUUGUUGGGUUUUUGGUUUUUUUUUUGUGUGUAUGUAUGUAUGUUCCUUUUCAAAAUGAUCUAUUUUUUGCUAUGCACUUGUCUUAACAUGAACUAAACCUCCAUCUAGGCUGUAUUAUAUAUAAAUAUGAAUAUAACUAUAUAUAUAUAUAUAUACAUACAUAUAAAAUGUGUCCCCCCACAAUUGUACAUGGAAAAAGUUGGUAAUUUAUAUUUUGCAGUAUGUAUGAUGAUUAUUUGUCGGGUUUUUUUUCUGUUUAGUUUCUGUAUAAUAUUGUACUUUUCGUGUCCUUGUAAACAUUUUAAGAGGUUGUACAUGUAUGUAUUUAUGUAUGGAAAGUGACAUUCCAUAUGAGUACACAGCAAGAACGUGUUUUCUUUUAAAUAAUCGAUGAUAAUUCCAAUGUAUUUGUCUACUCUUCCAGUGACGCGGGGCACAUUCCAUUCAACGUACCUCACAAAAAAAAAGUGUAAAAUUGCCAUUACGGGCGCGGACUUUUUGCCCGAGCCACUGCACACUGAGAAAGCACAUACAAAUCUGCCUUUUACCGACAAAACCCCCUGCAACAGUCUUUAAAUGUGUGCCAUUAGUACCCACUUUUUUAAAUGAAGUCUUAAUUAAGAAAAAACCAAGUUCAAAUGCAGUAAGCACGGUCCCUCCCAUGCGACACGCACAGGCUUGGUUUUAAGUGGAACGCAAAAAGCAUUUUUUGGAAGUGACUUUUAAGGUGUCUUAUUGUAAAGCUUCUACGUGUAAAAUAACUUGCCCUCCACAUUAAACCAAACUUUGUGAAUUAUUUCAUGAAA